CUCAGUACCCCAGGAGCAUGGCGGAAGAGGCCACAAAGCUGGCCAUCACAGCCGGGUACCGCCCAUAUUGAUGGGGCAUACCUGUACGGCAAUGAGGUUGAAGUUGGCCGGGCCAUCCAUAAUAAGAUCACAGAUGGAACCAUAAGGAGAGAAGACUUGUUCUUAACUGGGAAGCUCUGGAGCACUUUCCACAGACCUGAUUUGGUUCGGAAUGGUCUGCAGAAAUCCCUAAGAGCUCUUCAAAUAGAUUACCUGGAUCUCUUCCUCAUUCACAUGCCUAUAGAAUUUCAGCCCAGUGAUGAUUUGAUUCCAGUGGAUAAAGAUGGGAAAUACCUCUAUGACGACACAGACAUCCAAGACACUUGGGAGGCUAUGGAGCGUUGUAUAGAUGCAGGUCUGGUCAAAUCUAUUGGAGUGUCCAACUUCAAUCGCCAGCAGCUGGAACAGAUUUUGAAUAAAUCAGGAUUGAAAUAUAAGCCCGUCUGCAAUCAGGUAGAAUGCCAUGUGUACCUGAAGCAAGAGAAACUGCUGAAGUUCUGCAAGGACAAGAGCAUUGUGCUAGUUGCCUACAGUGUCUUGGGCUCCAGCCGGGACCAGGCAUUGAUUGGUGUAGAUUGCCCUGUACUCCUUGAGGACCCAGUCCUGAAUGGCAUAGCAAAGAAGCUUGGCCGGACUCCGGCUCAGGUGGCGCUUCGAUAUCUGCUGCAGAGAGGGAUUGUCGUUCUUGCAAAAAGUUUCACUGAACAUAGAAUCAAAGAGAACCUGCAGGUACAAACUGUGCCAAACCUUUUUAUAAGUUUUGGAUAA